GCAGGAGGAGGAGGAGGAGGAGGAGCGGGAGGAGCAGGACGCCUCGCCGCCGCCUGCCGCCGCCGUGCAGCCGCAGCCAGCCGGGAGCGGGAUCGGGAGCGGGGCGGCCGCAUGUGCGAAGUGGGGACGCGGCCGCCGCCGGCCGCCGAGCGCGGGGAGCCGCCCGGGGGUGCCGCCGCCCCGGCCGAGAGGUGCCGAGACAUGGGAGAACAGCCCAUCUUCACCACCAGAGCCCAUGUCUUCCAAAUUGACCCCAGCACGAAGAAGAACUGGGUCCCCGCAAGCAAGCAGGCUGUAACUGUUUCCUACUUCUAUGACAGCACGAGAAACAGCUAUCGGAUUAUCAGUGUGGAUGGAGCCAAGGUGAUCAUAAACAGCACAAUCACACCCAACAUGACCUUUACUAAAACAUCACAGAAGUUCGGCCAGUGGGCGGACAGCAGAGCAAAUACCGUGUUUGGUUUGGGCUUUCCCUCUGAGCAACAGCUGACCAAGUUUGCAGAAAAAUUCCAAGAAGUGAAAGAGGCUGCCAAGCUAGCAAGAGACAGAUCUCAAGAGAAAAUUGAGACCUCAAGCAAUCAUUCCCAGGAAUCUGGACGUGAAACACCAUCUUCCACCCGGGCAUCUAGUGUGAAUGGGACAGAUGAUGAGAAGGCAUCACAUGGUGGUCCUGCUGAGACACAUCUCAAGUCUGAGAAUGAUAAACUAAAAAUUGCUCUAGCCCAAAGUUCCUCCAAUGUAAAGAAGUGGGAGACGGAGCUGCAGACGCUGAGGGAGAGCAACGCCAGGCUGACCACGGCGCUGCAGGAGUCGGCUGCCAGCAUAGAGCACUGGAAGAAGCAGUUCUCAGCCUGCAAGGAGGAGAACGACCAGCUCAGGAGCAAGAUUGAAGAACUGGAGGAGCAGUGCAAUGAAAUAAAUAAAGAGAAGGAGAGAAAUGCACAGCUGAGCAGACGUCUCCAGGAGCUGGAAACAGAGCUUCAAGACAAAGAGCUGGAACUGGAAGAGCUCCGAAAGCAGGGUGAAAUUAUACCACAGCUAAUGUCAGAAUGUGAAUCUGUAUCUCAACAAUUACAGGAUGCUGAGAAUAAGAACAAAGAUCUUGAAGAGAAAGUCAGAACACUAAGGACAGAAGUUGAAGAGAGCAAACAUAGGCAGACCAACCUUAAAACUGAAUUAAAGAAUUUUUUAGAUGUACUAGACGGGAAAAUAGAUGAAUUACACGAUUUCCGACAAGGACUGUCUAAACUUGGGGUUGACAACUAGAUGGCAAUAGAUUUUUGUAAUCUAGCGUCUGGAUGUUUGAUGUUUUGUUGAUCUCAAACGUGUGUUUUACAAAAUAUAACUAGAAUGUUCCACCUGUUUGCAUUGUUUUUGUACAUAGAGGCUGAAAAUUUGCUGUGGGUUAUUUUGGGUUUUUGUUUUUUGUUUGUUUGUUUGUUUUCCAAACCAAUCGUGCUGCUCACUGAAUUCCGUUGAGAUUAGAAACUUUCUAUAUUGCUGCUCCGGCUUUGUGGGGUUGGGAACAGGUAGAGGGUUCUGUCUCAGGAAUCUGGAACUAGAUCUACCUUAAAAUGAAUAUGCAGUUAGUUGUUGCAGGGAAAUUUAUAUCUUUCUUAAGGGCUGUUGCAACCAUAGAAACAGAAAACAAGUCUUUUUCUUGUCCGGACUAUCAGUGCUCCUAGCAACAUACACUUUUAUUCCUUGGCGGAGCAGAGAGAAGAUUAGAUGGAGCUCCUGCGGUUUGUAAAUCAACCUGGUAAAAUGUGCCUGUGAUGAGCUGCAGUCAAGUGAAUCACUUCACACGCAUGCCAGUCUCUUUAGGGACCAUGUCAAUCAGGCCUGAUUAACAGAAAAAAUCCAUAAAUUUCAUAUAACCUUCGAUUCAGGUAGGAUGUGCUUUCCUGGGUCCAUGCAAAGUCAACAGUGUAGAAAUGAAUUCCAGCUCUUACACUUCCAGCCAAGCAUCUUAACCAGUAGGAGAGGACAGCUUCCCUUGCUUAGCAAGAUCAUCUCUCUUUGGUCCUCAGUUUUGAAUGUGUAUAGUUCAGUCACUGUGUGUAUCUGAAAAAUGCACACCUGUGUCUUGGGACCAGGUAUUUAUUUUGGAAGGAGUCGUACUGCUGCUUUGUAUGCAGGGCACAUGCACCUCUGUGCACCUCAAUCACUGCUGUUCAGCUUCCAGUGGCAUAUCGGGAGACAUUGAUGUGAAAAGCGUCAUAAAGUUGGUAGGAAGGGUGUUAUUCAGAAACAGCUUCCUGCCCAGGAGACUUGCAGGUAAUGGCUGCAUGAAACCCAAAGCCUUUCUUUCCUAUGAUUUCUGCAUUCCCCCCUCGGGGGACAGGGGGUGGGUGUUAGUCACAAAGUUAGACUGUCAAAAAAAAAAAAAAAAAAAAAAAAAAAACAACCCCAAAGGCAGAAAGGGUUGUCGUCUCUAACUGAUUAUUCAGCAGCUCUAAAUACAUUUUGAGUAAUGCAAGGUCGUACAUCAGGUUCCAGCAAGAAGGACGCUCUCUGCAUCACCAACUGAUGUACAGAGGACCAGGGAGGAGAAUUCAGUCCAAGUUUUGCUUUUAUCCUUAGGACUGCCAUCAGCUUCUGUCUUUUCUUUCUCUGUAUCCUGGUUAGAGAUUCUGUUUAUACAGCAUCUGAAUUCAUUCAGGAAAGAACUUCUGUUUAGGGGAUAUUAUUAUUUAUUUAUAUCAGGUGAAAGCUUGGUUAAGCACCUGGUUAGUGCAUUCCAACAGUGACUCAUAUAAAAUCGCCAUGCCAUGCUGUUUGCAUAUUGUUUUUAGUUUUUUUUGUGUGUGUUUUUUUUAUUAUUAUUAUUUUCUUUUUAAUUCUCAGCACAUCUCAAUUAUAAAAGUGACCUUUAAAAGGCAUGUGGGUUAUACAUGAAACAUGCAUUGAAUAAUUUUUGCACAUGGGCAUGUAACCCACAUGCUGGAGAUAGGUUCUGUUUGCAAUUGUCCCUUGAAUUUUCAUUUCAUCUGUUACUAUUGUGUUAUCAUCAUUGCCUGUUGUUUAGACUGGAGUUUUUUGUAUUUUUGCUUUUAAUCCUUUUAAACAACAGAUGUGAAGAUAGGACCUUUCACAACCAGUAUGACCAUUUAAGUCUCUUCAAAAAAAUGCUGUAGGCUGUUGAUAUUUAAAAAUAAAAAUAAAAAUCAGGUACAGAGCAUGUAGGCGUGUGAAAAUUAGACUUUGCCAGCGUGGAAUAUUCAACAGUUGCAUAAUGUGGGGUUAGAUCAGACUUCUCAAAACUGAAAAUGACGUCAGAAACUGUGUGUGGUUGUGAGCAAGCACUCUCCGUUUUUAGUCUUCUUAUUUGAUAGCAAGUCAGACAGACUCGAUCAUGUAACAGGCAGCUCGUCCUGCUUCUCCUCUCCUCCCCUGCUGCUGUAGAGCUCCUUUGCACAGCCAGUGCCUGUGUUGGAGCCAGGAGGCAGCCCUGUGAAGACCUGCAAGCAGUACAGGUGGUCGGGGCCUCCAGUCACAGUGCUCAUCGCUUUUGCACGGAGGACCCUGCUCCAUCCUCUGCUUCCUUUUUGCCGUUGAGUGAUCUUAGGGGUUUUGCUCUGGUUUUAAUAUAAAAUACACUUUUUUAAUGUCGAUCUGGUUAGAGGGGUGCAAAAUACCCUGUGAAAAAGUUAUUUUAUUGGGGUUAAUCCAGGUUCUUUUUUUUUUUUUUUUCUAGCUUUAGUCAGGUCUAUCCCAGAUUCAGUUCAUUAGGAAUGUGUUAAGCCACUCUUAAAUUGCAGGAAAAGCAUUUCUAUGGGAUUGUAUCAAUCUAACAGAUCAAGUUUAAUACCAGCGUGUUAAGCCAGUGUGUAGCUGUGACAUGGGCAAUUAUUUUUGGCUGCUUCAUGCUCUCCAGAGGAGCGAUAAGGGAUGUCCUUCCAGGAAUCCCUGUGCUGCCUCUCCUAGUCUGACCCCAAAUGUAUGCUCUCUGUAUCUGCUCUUGCUGUGAUGUUGAGCUGUCAGGAAUGCCUCUACACGGCUGUAUGCUGUGGGAAUCUCCAAGCAUGUUUCCAUCCUCCAAGCACCCAAGGUCUUGCUAUAAUCAUCCCCUUUCUCUCUUUUUCCUUCCCAACCACAGGAAGUUGAGAGCUUCUAGGUAUAGCCCCUUUAAAACCUCCCCCAGACUCCGUAUUUUUAACCUUUCCCUCCCUUCCAUUCUAUUUUUCCUCUUCAAAAUACAAAAGCACACUGAUGGGCAUGGGCCAGCUGCAGCUCCUCUCUCCAGCCCCUGCCCCAGGGCUGGAAGCCCAUUGAUCCCAUUGUGUGGGGAACUGGGGUAUAAAACACCAUUUCUUCCUAGAAGCUCCACGAAGGCCUGGCAUCAACCCCCUAGUGUCAAACCAUGAGCCCCAGGCGGCUCUUUGGGACUUGUCCUGGCAUCAAAAUGCCUCCUAUCCCCUGGUAGCAUCCUGCAGACAUGGCUGUGGCUGUGCAGGAGGAGUUCCCCCAACCCGCAAAUGUCUCCAAAAUGGCCUCAGAUGCUGCCAACAGAUGCUCAUCUCCCCUGCCCUGUACAGAGCUUGUUUUUAUUCAUUACUGCAAUUCUGCAGCACCCUGCAAACCCAGAUUUCCCCAUGCCACCGCUGAUGAAGGUUAUCUCUAUUUCCAUCAAGCCUAAGUAUCUCUAUUUCCAUCAAGCCUAAGUGAAGGUUUCUUUAUGCAAAUCUCACCUUGUGCAACCCUGGAUUCACCUUCCAGACACAGGUUUCUCCCUUUUCUUUCUCCUAUUCUUGGCAGGAUAUCUCCUACCUCAGCUGCACGGUCGUUGUUGGCAAAGGCCUUGUGCGUGGCACGCCGAGUGCCAGCGCCGCCGCCGCACCCCUGCCUGCCGGCCAUGUCCUGCCCUGGUGGCACCCACAGGCUGGUGGCUUGGGGAGCAAACAUCCGUGCUGACCUCUUUGGACACCUGGUUAGAGAGUGUCUGUCUGCCGUCUGUGUUUUCCAGUGAGAUACUCCUUUGACCUGGUGUUAGAGCUGCUGAAUAAUGGUGGUUUUUGUUCUUUUUCUCUCAGUUCUGUGGCCAAAAUAAGGGAUAAACGAAACAGUUCUACUAAAAACUUCAGAAUGUUCAGCAACAGAAAAAUACCUUGAGAUAAUUGCUGUCAAGGAGAAUAAACUGCUUCAUCAGAUAAGUUGUUUAGCAUUUUGGAAGAUGACCUUAGCCUAAUCAUUGAAAUAAAUUAUUUCAAAAUGAAAAAAAUUAAAACCUUGUUUCACACACCAAAAUAAAACAGUUUGACCUUUGCUUUUU